AUGGAGCACGGUUCAGUUCUGCUGUUGUUGCUCCUCCUGGGGACGUGCUCGGCUUCCGCCCAUCAAAAUUUGGCCUUACGUGGCAAAGCAACUCAGUCACGCCGCGUCCAGGGAGCUCCUUACUAUGCUUAUGGGGCUGCUGACAACGCCAUUGAUGGAAACCGUGACGGUGAUUUCACGUCCGGUUCGUGCAGCCACACUGAUCAACAGACCAACGCCUGGUGGAGGGUGGACCUGAUGGAGUCUUAUGUGAUCACCUCUGUCGUCGUCACCAACAGAGUAGACUGCUGUGUAGACAGGAUCAAUGGGGCAGAGAUUCACAUCGGCAAGUCAAGGACAAUAUUACUGCAAACCAAGUGGUUGGUGUAA